GGGGCGGCCGAGCGGAGUCCGCGCGCGCCCGCGCUGAGCUGCACGCCCGGCGGCUGCGCUGCUCCCCUGCAGCGACGUCGCGCGGGGGUCUCCAAGCAUGACCGAGCUGAGGCAGAGGGCGGCCCGCGAGCCGGACGCGCCGCCGGAGGACAAGGAAUCAGAGACAGAAGCAAAGGUAGAUGGAGAGACUGCAUCGGACAGUGAGAGCCGAGCAGAAGCUGCUCCUUUAUCAGCCUCUACAGAUGAUACACCAGAGGUCCUCAACAGGGCCCUUUCCAACUUGUCUUCAAGAUGGAAGAACUGGUGGGUGAGAGGCAUCCUGACUUUGGCCAUGAUUGCAUUUUUCUUCAUCAUCAUUUACCUGGGACCAAUGGUUUUAAUGAUCAUUGUGAUGUGUGUUCAGAUUAAGUGUUUCCAUGAGAUUAUCACUAUUGGCUACAAUGUCUACCACUCCUAUGACCUGCCCUGGUUCAGAACCCUCAGCUGGUACUUCCUCCUGUGUGUCAAUUACUUCUUCUAUGGCGAGACAGUGACAGAUUACUUCUUCACUCUGGUCCAGAGAGAGGAGCCUUUGCGGAUUCUCAGUAAAUACCACCGCUUCAUUUCCUUUACUCUCUAUCUAAUAGGAUUCUGCAUGUUUGUACUGAGUCUGGUCAAGAAGCAUUAUCGACUGCAGUUCUACAUGUUUGGCUGGACCCAUGUAACAUUAUUGAUUGUUGUGACUCAGUCACAUCUCGUUAUUCACAACCUGUUUGAAGGAAUGAUCUGGUUCAUUGUCCCUAUCUCUUGUGUGAUCUGUAAUGACAUUAUGGCCUAUAUGUUUGGCUUCUUCUUCGGUCGGACCCCUCUCAUUAAACUGUCCCCGAAGAAGACCUGGGAAGGCUUCAUUGGAGGAUUCUUUGCUACUGUGGUGUUUGGCCUGCUGCUGUCCUAUGUGAUGUCCGGGUACAGAUGCUUUGUCUGCCCUGUGGAAUACAACAAUGACACCAACAGCUUUACUGUGGACUGCGAGCCCUCCGACCUCUUUCGUCUGCAGGAGUACAACAUUCCUGAGGUGAUCCAGUCAGUCAUUGGCUUGACAACAGUCUGGAUGUACCCCUUCCAGAUUCACAGCAUUGCCCUGUCCACUUUUGCCUCGCUCAUCGGCCCCUUUGGAGGUUUCUUUGCAAGUGGAUUCAAACGAGCCUUUAAAAUCAAAGACUUCGCCAACACUAUUCCUGGCCAUGGAGGCAUCAUGGAUCGCUUUGACUGCCAGUACCUGAUGGCCACCUUUGUCAACGUGUACAUUGCCAGUUUUAUCAGGGGCCCCAACCCAAGCAAGCUGAUUCAGCAGUUCCUGACCUUGCGUCCAGAUCAACAGCUUCACAUCUUCAACACACUUAGAUCUCACCUGGCUGACAAGGGGAUGCUGACAGUUGCCACGGAGGAUGAAUAGGGGCCCUGGGGCUGAGACAGCAGGAGCAAACGGAGCAAGGGGCCAGGUUCCAAGGCAAGCCCCACUGAUGUGAUUCAGACAACGACGAGGCUUCAACUCCCUGUUUUUCUCUUUUCUUUUCUUUUUUUUUUUUUUUUUGAGGGGGGAGUAGAGUGUUUUUUAUUUGUGGGUUUUAAAAACAAUCUGUAUAUACUGUCUUUGUGCUUAUGAUUUGGGUCGUGGAUAAAUUACGGCUUUGAGUUGGAAAGAAGUCACGGGGGUAAAGACCAUUUGGGUUUUUUAAAAAAAGUUUUAACCUGAAAGACAGUAUUGUCCAACCAGGGUGCAUCUGCUUGUGCUUCUUGCUCCCAAGCUAGAGCCUCUGUUUCUGGACUCGAUCAGAAAGUGGAUGUUCAUCUGUGUCUGAUCAGUUCAGGGGGUCCCCUGGCCUGUCGUCUUUGUAGCUGCCCCCAGCUGGGAAGAGGUGCAUAGCUUGGAUGUCUUUGCUACUGGAGAGCUUUCACCUGGGCUUCUCAAGAAUUCCUGCCCUGGGAUGAUGGGACAAUUGCCUUCUGUACGCCGGAGGGACAAAAGUUUGUUAAUUAGAUAAGCAUUCUACCCACAAAGUCCUGCGGAGUAUGAGCUCUGCUUUGAUAUGGGUUCACCUUACUUCAUCAUAGACUGAAAGGCGGCUUCAACAUUUUUUUCUUCAGGAAGCACUAGAAAUUAUUUAUAAUAGUCUGAAAAAAUACACUGUAAUAUUUCAAGUGUAUGCAGUAGAAUGUACUGUAACCGAGCCCUUUUCCACAGGUUAUAGACUCAAGUGGCUCCUCUUGGGUAGUCCAGCUAUGUCUUUUCAGGGACGCUACUGUUCACGUUUGUGCUGUAGACUUGUUGCUGCUGAAUCCUUUCUGGGGGCUUUCCUGUUAGGCAGGGAGCAGGGGGCUUCUUGUUCACUCACCCUUUGCCUGACUGACCACCCUUAUAGCUGCUGUGUUGUAUAUAUACUACUCUUACGGCAAGUGUGUAUCUGUGUUUUAAAAAAUCACUUCUUUCUUACUGUGAUUUCAGUUGUACCAUGACUUCUUCACUGAAACCACAAAAUCCUGCUUACAACUCUGGAAAACCUAACCUGAUUAGAGGUGUGACUAUUCUGAAGAUUACAUGCACAUUUAUAUAUACAUAUAUAUAUAAUGUGACCAGUUUAAAUGUAGUUUGUAUUUUAUUGAGGGACCUUUUUUUCUUUUAAACUGUGAUUUUUUUUUUCCCCCUGCCUGAUUAUAGGAGUGAGGUUGACUUUGGGGCAACAAGUUCUUUGUCAGGACAAGAAGGGAGGUUAGGAGAGAGAACUUGGUGCCCAGGUGUUCGGUUAUUCUGUGCCAUGGUGGUUCUCAUUGCCAAAUGAGGGUGCAGUGACUUGCUUCAGCACCUUGGUCUGCUAUUGGUUCAUUCUGUUUCUGUUUAAAUCAGCCUUCCCUGGUUGUUCACAGUCAGCUUAGGUCACUGAUAUGUCUGGCGCAGGGCAGCCGGCCCCUCUCAACAUUGCAGCUUAUGAUCACUGCGUGGCUUUCCCCACGUUUGCAGCACUGAAGCCACUUUCCCCCCUCUGAGCUUGUACUUCCAUUUCAGUACAUGGCUUUUCUGGUUCAGGGCCGAGGCCCCUUAAAAACAAAAUGGGUUUUUACAUGGGGUUUCUGUUCUGGCUGUGUGAUCCUGAUGUGACCAUCUGGCAGGACACAGCACUUUCUUGGUCCUCAUCUUGAGUGCUCCCCUAAUUCCAGUAUUCUGUGAUUCUGGCUGAGCAAGUUCAUGUCACCAGAGGCUAAUUGUGGGUAUCGAGUUGUGGCCUGGGCACCCAAACAGCAAGAGAUUUCAGGCCAUUACUAAAUGCCUGACCUUGAGAUGAGUCAGUAGCUCACUGAUAAAUCUUAAACAGUGAAGGUCAUUAGUAACAAAUCUAGUUUUCACAUUGAAGAAUGAACUUGUUUUCUGAAACCAGAGACACAAGGCGUUGGUUGUUUCUGUUGCCUUAGUGUGGGCAUAUGGUGGGGGCCUUGGUGGCUGGAGCCCAGCAGCCCUUGCAGAAGACCGUCUUUGGGAUCAGGGUGCCUGGCACCUUCCUCUGUGGAAGUGGUCACCGAGGAAGCCUCUGGGGUCCUAGGAAACUGAAGCUGGAUUCUCACUAGAGCUCUCAGCAAGAACCCCAGAAGGUCAGCUUGGGUUUUAUCUUCUGUUUUCCCCACCUGCUUUCUGGUCAGAGAAGAGGAAUUUCCUAGAGCCUAGUAGCCAGGAAAGCAAAGCCACCUUGUGUCUCUGAAUAUGCAGUGUUUUUCAUUCUCGCGUUUGUUAGGAUAUUUCACCGUAUGGUCAAGAUGCAGGAGACUAUUUUAACAUACCCCUGGACUGAUCUUCAUUAAUGGUAUAACUUGCUUCAGAUCCAUUUUUUUGUGUGUGUGAGAAAUAAAAUGUGACCGAAACUGUGUGCUCUCCCUUGUUGUGACUUCAGUUUCUCCCUCCCAUGUGUGGUUUUCCAUUCCCCACUUGUUUCUGCAUCAUUAUCUUGCAGUCCUAAUUUAGAAACCUUUGUUUUUUGCUUAGAAUCUAGUGAUCUCUGGAGGCACCUCAGGUCGGAGUCCUGAGCACCUUACUAGUGAGGUCAUUGAGGGUCAGAGCAGCGAGAGUGCUUCUCCAGGGUCACCGGGCAGAGGCAAGCCUCAUUCCACCUUGCACUGCCCCGCUCACCAGAAUAGGGAUGAUCCGUGGCCCCACUUGCUUUUGUGAGAUGGUGUUAAGUGUGCUUGGAAUUCUGCAGCAUUGGUUCUUCAAGCCGAGGAGGCCCAGCACCGGGUUGGCACUUACAGAGGGAGCUGAUGAGCAAGGGUGUCCUGGAAACCUGGAGGUGGGGAGGGGUUCUACCAAGGGUUGGGCCUGAGCAUCCUCCCUGGUAAGCCCAACUCAUGACUGCUCAUGGGAUGCCUGAGUCUUUUCCCCUUCACCACCCUCAGCAUUGAGAAAGUGUACAUGUAUGUUUUGCUUCUGAGAGUGAAAUCCCUAAGGCAACCUGGAUCUUAUUUGUGCUUAUUAUUUUUUGCCUGUUUCAUAUUCUGAGCAUAUUAGUAGCUACAGUAUAAUUAUAUUUUAAGUUAUUUACUCUUAGUGUUUUUUGUAUUUUGUAUCUCUAAUUCUAUAAUGUAUGUCUGAAAUGAGUGUCUCACUUUUAGAAGGGGUGGAAUGUAACAUUUAAUCUUAUACAGGUGGACUUUGGAGCCAUUUUCAUAGUAUUUGUUUUUUCCCACUGGGCUGCUUCUCCUGUAACUUAUAUUUUUGGAAUCUUCCCACAUAACACAUUUUAAAGAUUAAACAGACCCUGAAUUGAAUCUAAGCUAGUUGCUGAGUUGGCUGGAGGAUGAUCCUAAUGGUUUCCUGAGUUCAGAUCUUCAAACUGUCCACGAGUCCCCAGCAGGCUCAGCGGCACCCCCAUGUCGAUGGAGGUGGUCGGGAGGACGUAAAUGACUCAGGACAAAGAGCGUCAAUGCUCAGAAAACUCAGCAAUGGCCUUUCUCUAUUAGGAACCUGCCCUAGGUCAAUUUCUAAGUAAGUAGAUUUCCAUUACUCUAUGCAAUGUGAUCCGUCAUUCUGGAACCUCUUCCUGUGUCCAUAAUAUCUUAGGCACCGUCACUGGCUUCCAGAGUAACUGCAUCUGGGCCUACCUUCCUUUCCCGUUGUGAUGAUGUGCUGAGUAUCAGGUGGAGUAGCGAGGGGGUGGUUUUACUUUUCCCAGGGUUCCCGUUCUUCCAGAGUCAGGGAGGGGAGGAACAGCUAGGAGGAGGAUGUCCAGGUGGCUGUCUAGACAUCACAAGACAGGGAACCAUGGGCAUACUCACUGUGCUUGUGUGCAGCAGGGACUCUGAAGAAGCAGCUAUAACAAAUCCUCAGCUUCUUCCCUAGAGGGGCUGAUUCUUGGCCAGAGUCUCAUUGUUCUGUCCUUGUCUUGGUCAAAAGGAACUUCUCUUUCCCUUGAUCACUCUCCACACAGUUGUCCAUUUUCCAGUUUUUGGAAGACAUUUGACACUCCCAUUGUCUGAUUUGGUUUCCCUUGUUGGGCGAGGGCCUGAUGGCCUGAUCUGCAGAGGGUGCUGCUCUUGGCCCACGUGAUCAAGAGUGAAUGGUCUCUUCUAGGCCCACCUCAUCUUGGUCCUGGACUCUGCUCAUCCACAUCUCUGCAGCAGGCAGGCAUUCUCAGGAAUGGAGUCCCAGCUGCUGACUGCUUGUACCACUGUCCAGUGUUCCGGUCUUUCUGUUCCUCCUGGCUCUGCCCUGUCACCCCCUUUCAGGUGGCUAGAGGUUAUUCUUACCUGGGGCUGUCUCUUAAUGGAGCAAGACUUUCACCUGUUUGUAGGUGGAUUGUGUUUUCAAGAGCAAAGAGCUCACAGCUAUGAGGGCAAUUUGGGAGAUAUACUUUGGUUGUUGGGGUUUGUAGAAUAUUUGAGUAAUUUAUGAGACUAGAGGGCAGAAUAUGUGGCAUCUAAGAUUUUAUGGGUAGUGGGUUUCAAAUCUCUUGGCCUUUUGAAGACCCUGUCCCAUCUCCUUCCCCUCUCCACCAAAUGCCUAUCUGCUGAGGCUCCUUUUUAUUCUUGAGCAAAUAAGAUACCAGCAGUGUGUUAUUAAUAAUAAUAGUUGCAAUAAUAGUCAUAGCGCUUAAUAUGUGCCAGGUAUAAUGCUAAGGGUUUAUAUACAUUAUCCCUUUUAAUCCAGAAAACAGCCUUUGAUUAGAUAUUAUUGUCUUCAUUUUAUAAAUAAGGAAACCGAGGCACCAUGACAGGCUGAUCUCACUGGUUAAGAAGAUAGACUUCGGGCUCGAAUAGCCCUAGGUUUAGGCAGGUUACUAGGUGUACCUCCAAUCUGAUGGGGUCUGACGGUCACCUCCCGCAAGGGGUUAUUCUGAGGAUUUUAUGAGCUAAUGCAUGUAAGCAUUUAGCACGGUGCCUGGCACUUAGUAAGCACUCAAUAAAUGGUAGUUCUUGUUGUCAAACUCAAUGAGUAAUUUGAACCCAAGUUAGUGUAAUGCCAGAGACUGGGUUCUUAGUCACUACACUGUUACUUGCCCUGCACACAGCCUGGGUGUUCACAGUCUAGAAGAUUUUGAGAGAGGCAGGCCAACUUUAACACCCACCUACAGUGUGUGGGUGCAUCAGACUUCAUUUAGAAGGCUAGCCUGACAAAGGGAAAGAAGACAUGAUGAUGGGCAGCAAUUCUUCACUCUUAGUUGUGGUUUCUGUGAGGUCUUGCCCACUUUCUGUUGCCCAUGGCCUGGGCUCUCCUUGGAGAAGGUUCUUACCUCUUGCCUGAUGCUGCCUCCACUCCAUGAGAGGUGAGGUCUUGUGACUCACUCUGGACCCCAUUUUCCUUUGUACACAGCUCAGUGGCCUGAGCAGUUUCCUGUAUGGGUGGGCCUCUCAAGGGCCAAGGAGAAUGGGGAAAAGAGAAACCUAUGUGGCAGAUUAUAGUACUGAUGGAAAUCUUAGAAGUUCUGCCCAUACCCUCACAACAUAACAAGUCAGGGGCCUUGUGUUUCAUGCUUUCUUAAAAGUAUUAAUGGGCAAGGGGUGCCUAGAUGGCUCAGUUGCUUAGGUGUCUGCCUUCAGCUCAGGCUAUGUCCCAAAGGUCUCGGGAUUGAGCCCCGUGUCAGGCUCCUUGCUCGGCGGGGAGCCUGCUUCUUCCUCUUCCUCUGCUGUUCCUCCUGCUUGUGCUCUUUCUCUAUCUCAAAUAAAUCAAAUCUCUUUAAAAAAAGGUAUUAAUGGGCUAGAAGCAGAUGACCUCUUGAGAGGCUAGAUGGCAUGGAGUAUUUGUUUCUGGUGGAGUCUCGUUUAGCUAGAAUCAAGGUUAGUUUAAAGGAUCAGAUAGGUGUGUGAUGAAUGAACGGAAAACAGGCACUGGGAUUGUGUGAACAAUAUUUCACUUAGUUUUCCAAAUGGAGAUGGGGACUUGGGGGAGGGCAUGUGUUUGAGGUGGAGGGUUCUUUGCUUUGAAGGAAUCUUGCUGACAGAAUCCAUGAGAGUCUCAAGCCAAUGGAAUAAUCAUAACUACCAAUUUGACCAUGGACUGUUUCCUGGGUGUUGUUGGGGAAUGAAGACCAGACUGAAAGCCCCAUUGUAUUUAAAGAAUGGUCUCUUCCCUUCAGUUAAAUAAUGAAGUAAUGACUAUGAAUGGAAUCAGGAGAAGGUUGUAAAAGUGUUCAGUAUGCAUCUGCUCUGACAGGCUGAUCCUAGCUUGCCCUCACGCCCUCCUGGACUCAUAUUUGCCAGGCCUGGCACUUCUUCCCUAAUUAUUGCAUCUGAUGGACACAGGUUGCCUUCUGUCUGUGAAGAAAUGGGCUCUCAACUGGGGACAGGGGCCCUCUGGACAUCGGGGCGACCAUGCCCUGUGUUGGUCUCCUGGGCACAGGGCAGGGCCUACCUAGCUCCUUGCAGCCUCCCUAGGGCUUUACCUAAGUAACACUCACAGGGUGUAAGUGGACUUAGCCACCUGGUGAUUCUGUCCCAAGUGAAAUUGUGUCUCUGAUACUGUUUUUGUCCUUGGCUCCCGGAACACAUCUGCUUCUCCCCUUCAUUCAGUUCAUGGACUGGGCUUGCCGCCUUUGUGCCUAGAAAUGCCAGAAUAGGAAGAGAAUUCUAGUUGGCAGAAUGUAUAUCCAUGUUCUUCUAAGAAUGUCCUUCGUGUGCUGCUUUGUUUUCAUGCACAGAAUGUCGUGUCACUCCUUAGGUCAUGCUGGCUGGACGUCUGGGGAACUGGUUAGAAAGGGGAAGAGAUGAGUGGACAUCAUGGCCAAUAAAAGCAAAGGACUUGGAGCUGCAAGAACAAGUCAGGACAGAAUGCAGAGAUUUGUUGCCCUCCACCCAGAAGACGGGUGAGAAGCCACAGGAGGCAAAGGAGAGGCCAGGCAGGAGUCCUGUGGCUGAGGGCAGACUAACGGGGGGCCAGCCCUGGGUUUUGUGGGUGCGGGGACCAGAAACAGAGCUCAGAAGCCUAUCCAGGAAGAUUCAAAGCUCACGGAAUAUGAACUAUCCUCUGGAGCUGAUGCUGAUAGCAAAUUUUUAUUGAUGCUUCAUACUUUCCUAAAGGGAAGGGGAAAACCAAAGUGGGUGAGGUAGGAGGCCCCUCUGUGGAAGCCCCAGGAGCUCUGGGGUGUUGGGGGAGCUGGGCACAGCUGUGGACUUGCUCCUCAAUUCUGUCUUGCUCUGAGGAUCGAUUUAACCCGAAAGCUCCCCCAGACAGAAAUGCCUCCCUGCCCCAUUGGGGAGUGCCAGGCAGUCACCUGUGGCCCAUCCCAGCUGUGUCUGUGCCACCCAGAGGUUAGCCUGUGUGUACCCUGCCUCCUCAAGGUCAAUGUCUCUGCUCCUCCCCUCGUGCGGUGUGAUUCAGUCACGUCAGACGGGUAAACUGGUACUGACACUUGCUUUUCCUGCGCUCACACACUGGUAACCUUGGAGCAGCUCUUGGGGGUGUGUGGAGCCCACCUGACAGUCCUUAGGGCCUCCCCAGAUAGGUGUGCUGCGGCUGUGCCCUUUACCUGACCUGGUGGUUUGCGGAAUCCAUGUGUAUUAGCCACAGCUGACCCUUUCUCUGUGUUCUGAUCUGUGUUGAACAGUACAUGUAGAUUCUUUUUCACUGCAGUUCCAGAACAUCAUGUAUUGUACAUUGGGAAAUAUUUACCUUAUUUAUAUACCUGAAUGUUCCUGUUACACAAAUAAACAUCUAUUAAGUUC